CAAGAAGUGUUGGUCGCAUCGACACUUGUGACGGUGCUCCUAAUUGCUGGCAUAUUCGUUUGCUGGCCUUGCUACACUGCCAAUCGCGUGUCGUCGCAGUAAAAUUCGCAACCUCCACGUCUUGGAAGCACCACGCUCCUGCGCUUCAAUCGAGCCGUAUAAGCCCUCCGCCGCCGCUGACGACGAAGACGACGACGAAGAAGAAGAAGAAGAAGAAUCUACCUCUGUCUCAAGCCACUGCUCGAGACCGACAGUUACAAAGUCCGCAUUUUCCCGUGCGAAUUGCUUAGCCGCUUGCUCGAGCCAGACAAUGUGUGACCCCAGGUCGUGACAACUUGCACGCAGAACCAACCAUGUUUAACAUCGCCCUUCCCGUCUCCUCCGCAAUCUCCGGAGUCGACUUCUCCUUUCUGUCUACGCCGGAGAUCAAGAAGCUCUCUGUGAAGCGCAUCUACAACCCGGUCACCUUCGACACACUCCUCCACCCUACACCCGGCGGCCUGUAUGACCCCGCCCUCGGCGCCUUCCUCGACAACCGUUGCACCACUUGCAAGCAGAAUGAGUUCCGCGGCGGCUUCGGCGGCUGCACCGGCCACGCAGGCCACAUCGAGCUGCCCAUGCGCGUUUACCAUCCCUUUUUCCUCGAUCAGAUGAUGAAGCUUCUGCGGGGAAUGUGCAUCUUUUGCUUUCACUUCCAGAUGGGACGGACGAACGUGGCCAGGUAUGUGGCGAAGCUACGUCUGCUGGAGCUUGGGCUGUUGAAGGAGGCUAUGGAAGUGGACGGCCUUGCCAUGGACGGCUCGAAGGCUAAAGACAUUGCCGACGCAAAUUCAGACAGCGAGGUCGAGGAGGAUGAAGACGCUGCGGUUGCGGCCGAGACGUACCGUCGAUUCGCAGAUGCUGCCAUACGGCGCGCAAAAAAAGAAGGUCUUGUUGUGGAGAGAAACGAAGCCAUGCUCGAAAAACGCAAGGAGACCAUCCGCGAGCUUCUGAACGCCCUUAAGACGCCUUCGGGCAAGUGCACCAACUGCCACGCCUUUAACCCCGUGUUCCGCAAGGAUAGGUACGUCAAGAUCUUUCGCAAGCCGCUGCUGGCAAAGCGCCACAACCAGAACAUCGGGUCUGGGCUGAAGGCCCAGAAUGCGCUCAUGAUACUGAGGACGCGCCGGCUGGCCGAGGAGAGGGCAAGGAACAAGGAGAAGAAAACAAAUGGCCUUUCCCACACAGACGAGGCGAUUGCCGAUAUGGACCUUAGCCCCGACGAGGAAGAGGACGUUGAGGACGUCAUACUGUCAGAUCCGGAAGGCGAAGAUCUGAGCCUGGCCCAGACAAAGAGCAUGGUCGCCACAGAGGCGAGCAUCGGCACGGCGAAAAGAGGUACGAAGCAGAAACAGGAGAAGGAACACAAAUACAUACCUGCCGAUGAGGUUCACGCCAUGCUCACCUUGUUGUUCGAGAAUGAGAGCGAGCUACUGCAGCUGCUGUACAACCCUCGGUCGCAGUCUUCGCGCAGAACAGCGUCCAUGACGGCAGACAUGUUCUUUGUGGACACUCUCCUCGUCUCGCCGUCCAAAUACAGGCCAGAAGCUCGAACGGGAAAUGGCGUCAUCGCGGAGGCUGGUCGCAACACGCACUAUCGUAAUAUACUACAGAUCUGCGAUACCAUCACUGGAAUAAGCCGAGACAUGAAGUCGGGGACGGGCAGGAAACGCACAUUCAACGAUCUUCAGAAUGCAGCUAUCGAUCUUCAGAACGCAGUGAAUGCACUAUUUGACCGCGACAAGAAUCCUGUUGGUGGCGCAGCUGCGAAGAGGGCCGAGGAGGGCAUCAAGCAAGUCCUCGAGAAGAAGGAGGGCCUCUUCCGCAUGAACAUGAUGGGCAAACGCGUCAACUUUGCGGCACGAUCCGUCAUCUCGCCCGACCCAAACAUUGAAACCAAUGAGAUUGGUGUGCCGCCUGUGUUCGCGAAGAAGUUGACAUACCCAGAGCCAGUGACGAGUCACAACUUCUACGAGCUCAAGGAGGCCGUUUUGAACGGACCAGACAAAUGGCCAGGCGCUGUUGCGGUGGAAAAUGAGAACGGCCAAGUUAUAGCUCUAGCGAAGAAGACGGAGGAAGAGCGCAUGGCCAUCGCGAACCAGCUUCUUACGCCGUCCAGCGUACACGUAGACGGUGCAAGAAACAAGAAAGUGCACCGACACCUAAACAACGGCGAUAUUGUCAUUAUGAAUCGUCAACCCACGCUUCAUAAGCCCAGUAUGAUGUGCCAUCGGGCGCGAGUACUACCCGGAGAACGUACGAUUCGUAUGCACUAUGCCAACUGCAAUACGUACAACGCCGACUUUGACGGUGACGAGAUGAACAUGCACUUUCCACAGAACGAGAUUGCGCGAGCGGAGGCAAUGACGAUUGCCAACACCGACAAUCAGUAUCUCUCGGCCACGGCGGGAAAGCCUCUCCGUGGCCUGAUUCAGGAUCACAUUUCUAUGGGUGUGCAGCUCACGAACAAGGACGUAUUCUACACGCGUGAAGAGUACCAGCAGCUCAUUUACUCGGCCAUCCGACCAGAAAGCAACCACACCACAAGCGAUCGGCUGAUCCUGCUUACACCGGCGAUCAUCAAACCAGAGCCGAGAUGGACUGGCAAACAAGUCAUUUCCACGGUGCUACGAAAUAUUCAGCCCAAGCAUCUAGAGCCGCUUAAUUUGACCGGCCGUUCGCAGACGUCCAAGGACCUGUGGGGUCCAGGAUCGGAGGAGCAGGAUGUGAUAUUCAAGCAUGGCGAGCUGCUCUGUGGAAUCAUGGAUAAAGCACAAAUUGGACCUGCCGGCGGCAGUAUCGUAAAUGCUGUCUACGAAGCAUACGGCGAGACAGCUGCCGGAAAGCUGUUGAGUAUCCUGGGCAGACUUCUCACCAAAGUUUUGCACAUGCGUGCACAUUCUUGCGGCGUUGAGGACCUCAUUCUCACAAAAGCUGGUGACGAAGCUAGAGCAAAUCUGCUCAGAGGAGCGGACAGCAUUGGUCUUGCCGUUGCGUCCGAGUACGUGACGAUGAAGGAGCGAAAUCCGACAGCCGAUGAUCCGGAGCUGCGGCGACGUCUUGAGCGCGUGCUUCGUGAUGACAGUAAGCAGGCUGUUCUGGAUGAGCUGAUGAAGAAGAGUAACAACAAGCUCUCCGGUGACAUCACAAAAGCCUGCCUGCCCCAUACACUCAUCAAGCCGUUCCCCAAGAACCAGAUGCAGGCUAUGACGGGCACAGGCGCCAAGGGCUCCAUGGUUAACGCGAACCAGAUUUCGUGUAACCUAGGACAGCAGGUUUUGGAAGGCCGAAGAGUUCCUAUCAUGGUGUCCGGCAAGUCCCUGCCCAGCUUUAGACCGUUCGAUACGAGUAUUCGCGCCGGAGGGUACGUAAUGGGUCGUUUCCUUACGGGCUUGAAGCCUCAAGAAUACUUCUUUCACAUGAUGUCCGGUCGCGAAGGUCUGAUUGAUACCGCUGUCAAGACGUCUCGCUCGGGUUACCUUCAAAGAUGUCUAAUUAAAGGCAUGGAAGGCCUCAAGGUGGAAUACGACACCUCAGUACGCGACUCGGAUGGCAGCAUGGUACAAUUCCUUUAUGGCGAAGAUGGCCUGGAUGUAAGCAAGCAGCAGUACCUGACCAAUUUUACAUUUCUGUCACAGAAUUACAUGACCAUGGCUUCUCUCCUCGGGCUCAAGGAUGAGCAUCAGAACUUGCAGAGCGAGGAGGCUAAGGAAAUGCAAAAGAGGAUUGCAAAGCAACUGAAAAAGGGCAGGCCGGCAGAUGAUCCAGUCAUGAGUCUGUUGAGUCCAAGCAGGCAUCUUGGGAGCACGAGUGAAAAAUUCUAUGCAAAGGCCACGGCGUAUGUCGAAGAGAACAAGGACAAGACGAUCAGGGAGAAGAAAGACAAGGAUUCGAAGAAGAUCAGCAAAAAGGCAUUCGAACUGCUUUCACAGAUGAAGUACCUCAAGACGCUCGCCGAUCCAGGCGAAGCAGUCGGUGUUGUUGCUGGACAGUCCAUUGGAGAACCCUCUACGCAAAUGACAUUGAAUACGUUCCAUCUGGCUGGUCACUCAUCAAAAAACGUCACGCUAGGUAUUCCUCGUCUGCGAGAAAUUCUGAUGACAGCCAGUGCAAAAAUUUCCACCCCAGGAAUGACGCUGUACCCGCUGCCAGAGAUGAGCAUUGAAGAGGCGGACAAGUUUGCGAAGAGCAUCACAAGACUCAGUCUUUCCGAUUUAAUCGAUGAAGUAGAGGUUAGAGAAACUGUCGGUCGGGGCAUCGCGUACAUGCAGGCCAAGACUUACAAGAUACGUCUGGCCUUCUUCCCGUCUGAGGAGUACUGCAAAGAAUACGCAAUCAAGACAGAUGAUGUAUUCAUGGCUGUGGCUAAGCGGUUUUUGCCGGCCUUGCAGGCUACCAUUAGGAAGGAGCUUCGAAAGAAAGGAGAAAAGAUAAGCGCAGCAAGACCUGAAGUUGGUCAGUCAGCGGGGCGCUCGGAAGGAGUCACUGUAAGGGCCGCGCGCAACGAUGACGACGAUGAUGGCCCUGCAGAGGAAAGUGACGAUGAGUCAGAGGAUGAUAAUGAGGACGAUGCCACCGCCAACAAACAGCGAGCUAACCGGAACGAGGGAGCGGGAUACGAAGCUCCAGACGAGGACGAUGAACGCAUACGAAAUCAGAUCCGUGAGGAGGACGGCCUGGAAGACGAAACUUUCGAUGAUGACAUGGACAUGCCUGAGGAUGAGGCUCCAGGUCUCAGACGAGAUUACGAUUCCGAUGCUGACUCCAUGGACGAGGGUUACGGCGGGUCUUCCGAGGAGGAAUUUCAGAAACAGAGCAAGAAACGUACGCGGGAGGAGCAAGAGGCGUUUGUCAAAGGCAUCAAAGGAAACGAAGAUCUCGUCUCAUUCCGCUUCAGCACGUCAAAAUCGGUUGCAAGCAUCAGCCUUGAGUACAGCGCUUCGAGCUCGAAGCUUCUCAUGUUGCAUCUGGUGGAGAAGCUUUUGCACUCGACCGUCGUCCACGCUGUUCCGGGCGUCAAGACGUGCAUUCUCAACAAGGAGAACAAGUACACGGACCCAGUCACUGGCGAAUCACGCGUAGCCCCAAGUAUUGAGACAGAGGGCAUCAAUAUCGAGGCCAUGAGGGAAUGUCAGCACGCAAUCGAUCCGCACAGGAUCUUUACGAAUGAUAUUGCCGCAAUGUUAAGGCUGUACGGCGUUGAAGCUGCGCGGGCCACCAUCGUCCGGGAGCUGGACGCCGUCUUCAGAGGUCACGGCAUCAGUGUCGACAAUCGGCAUCUGAACCUGAUCUCCGACUUCAUGACGCGCGCCGGCGGCUUCAGACCGUUCAACCGUCUAGGCAUGCGCAACAACGCAAGUCCGUUCAUGAAGAUGUCGUUUGAGACGACGGUAGGCUUCCUGCGCGAGGCCGUCCUCGAGGGUGAGUCCGAGGAUGCGAAGAACCCAAGCGCGAAGCUCGUGCUUGGCAAGAUGGGCAGCGUCGGUACGGGCGGAUUUGGCAUCUACCUGCCCGUGGAGAAGGAGGCGGAUUCGUUCCCGGUGGACAGCGACCAAGACGAGAGCGACGAGGGAUUUGCUACCGCCCGUGAGGGUAGUGUAGAUGGCACUGUCGAUAGUUUUGACAAGGAUGUGUAUGGUAUGGACGUGGAUGAAUCGUGACCUAAUUUUGACGAUAUGUACAAAAUGUACAUGCUGAGAUAUAGCGCGAAAUAUCAGGUUGCUUAUUUAACGCCAUGCUCCCUCAAGUAAGCAGCGUG